CAAUGGUCGUAAAUUCAGGGGCCAUAUUUAUAUAAUAUAACUAACCUAACCUAACCAAACUUCUAUAUGCGGAUUAGGGCCUGAGGUGGCCGGUUCUCCGUUUCCCUCGACUGACCCAGUUCUCGCUCAUGCACGGUGCACUGCUGGGUCCCAAACUAGCGGUGGGUUACUCAUGAAUUACAAUAGUAUGAAUGUAUGAAUGAGAGCGAGUGUCUCUAGUCUGCCCACGUCGGUUAUUACCAACGAGACAAUGGUGUCUACCGUCUACCAGGUGUAUAUAAGCGACAGACACUCCCUGCUAUCACACUACUUACCCUGAGCUUCUCUGACAGCGACGCGCCAUGGCAGCCAAGUUGAUAGUUAUCGCCACUGCAUUGGCUGUUGCCAAGGGAGCCCUCCUUGCAGCCCCCGCUUACGCACCUUCUGCGUACGCCGCCCCCGCUUACCACGCCCCCGCCGCCCUCACCUCUACCUCUGCCAACAUCCUGAGGACCCCCGGCAACCUGGGACAGGUCUCCACCUACACCAAGACCAUCGACACUCCCUACUCUAGCGUGAGCAAGUCUGACGUCCGUGUGAGCAACCCCGGCUACGCCACCUACGCCGCCCCCGCCUACGCUCCUGCUGCGUACGCCGCCCCCGCCUACCACGCCCCUGCUGCGUACGCCGCCCCCGCCUACCACGCCCCUGCUGCUUACGCCACCCCCGUCAAAGUCGCUGCUCCAGCUGGAAGUCUACUGGGGGUUGCUUACUCGGCCGCGCCAGCUGUCUCCCAUAUGUCUUUCGAUGGUUAUGGAAUUCAAUACGUAUACUAAACUUUGAUUUCAUCAUUACCAGCUUCACAUCGCACAUCACCAAACCUCAGUUCCUUUAAUGUAUGAUAUUUAUUUUUUUGAAUUGCAAUAAAACCAACAGUUACCAAUCA